AUGCCAGCACCCGCAAGCCAGCCUCCCGUACGCUUGGUCCUCGACACCUCCGACCCGCGACCGCCCGUGAAGCUCGAAUAUGCACAGACCCAGCAGGUCGCCCCCAUCCCGCUUCCACACGAACUCAAGGUUCAUCCGACGCAUCCUGGCGGGGAGAACGCACUCCUCACCUUCGUUGGGACCGCGACAACCUUGAUCGAGUGGCGAGGACUGCGGCUUAUGACAGAUCCGAAUUUCCUCAACGCAGCAGAUACCGUCCACCUUAUACCUGGGGUCAAGUCAAAGCGUCUCACGAACCCAUCUCUCCCCCUCAAUCAAGUACCUCCCGUCCACUUCAUUCUCCUCUCCCACUACCAUGAAGACCACUUCGACAAGCUAGUCGAAGACCGACUUCGACGACACAUUCCCAUCAUCACCAACAGCCACGCAGAACGGCACCUCACUACGUCCCAGUACAAACAUGAUCCCUACACCGCAGUGACUGCUCUUGCGACCUGGCAGACCGCGAACAUCACCGCCGGCGAAGCCGCCCUGGACAUCACGGCCAUGCCCGCGAAGCACGUUCGUCCAGGUGUUCGGGAGAUCAUCAACAACGUCUUGCAUGUAUUGCCGCCGACGAAUGGAUGGAUGCUCGAGUUGAAAGGAGACCCCCCGUACCGGAUCUACAUCACCGGUGGAACCAUCAUGUAUGAAGAUCUUCAUGAUAUUCCAGACAAGUAUCCUCAUAUCGACCUCAUGCUGCUCUACCUCGGUGGCACAAGUCUCCCUGACCCUAAGUUGCCCCUGCUCACAACCACUAUGGAUGCUAACAGAGGUAUUGCACUUAUGAAUAUGGUCAAACCGGACGUCACCAUUCCCAUACACUAUGACGACUACGAUGCGUUCAGAAGCCCGCUCGAGGAUUUCCAACAUAAAGUAAUGCACGCUGGUCUGGAAGAUAGGGUGGUGUAUCUUUCUCGCGGUGGUCAGUAUUCGUUUAAAGUAUGA